AUGCGUGGGGAGUGUCCGGCGAAGCUUGCGGCCGUCACUGGCGGGCUACCGGACGAUGUUGAUGCCCAAGUUUAUAUUGCCGCAGUCAAGAUCAAGCGGUACGUUGAUGGUUUAAUGGACGCCCGGUACGCCCUCAACCGGCGACAUCUUUUUAUGCUUACCGGUUCUACUCGAGUUGGUGUCAAACUCGUCGAUGCCUUGACACCAUUCAAUGCUGUUCAUCCUAAGCUCGAUCGACGCGUGUGGGAAUAUGGUUUUGUCAAAAAUGCACUUUUCCCAGAGGAAGCCAGAUCGCUGAAGGUUGACGGAUCUGGGGGCAAAGAAUUCAUUGACCUGCUUGAGAACAAGAUCAUAGAUGAUGUAGUUCCUGAUUUUCUAGGAGACGAUGCCCUCCUGUUCUCGUAUACCGCCAAUAUUGCCCGUCCAGGAAACUCUCCGACGCAUAUGCAUACCGAUCAAAUCACCAUUCGGCCGCCACUGGGAUCGGUUGCUGCCAGUAUGAAUUGGAUGUAUUUCCUAGACGAUGUCGGUGAAUAA